AUGCGUCUUUAUGAGCGUUGGCGGAAAUAUGAGUUAACUUUUGAUGACGAAAAUUUUGGCCUCUUUUCUUUUUCUUUAAAUUUUCGUUUUUUCUUUUCUUUCUUUCUUUUUUCCUCUUUUUUCUUUUCUUUCUUUCUUUUUUCCUCUUUUUUCUUUUCUUUCUUUCUUUUUUCCUCUUUUUUCUUUUCUUUCUUUCUUUUUUUCUUUUCUUUCUUCUUUUUCCUCUUUUCUUUUCUUUCUUUCUUGAUAUUUUUUUUCUUUUCUUUCUUUCUUUUUCCUCUUUUUCUUUUCUUUCUUUUUUUUUCUUUUUUUUUUCUUUCUUUGUUUUUUCCUCUUUUUUCUUUUCUUUGUUUUUUUCCUUUUUUCUUUUUCUUUUUUUUUUCCUCUUUUUUUUCUUUUUUGUUUUUUCCUCUUUUUUCUUUUCUUUUUUCUUUUCUUUUUCUUUCUUUGUUUUUUCCUCUUUUUUCUUUUCUUUCUUUGUUUUUUCCUCUUUUUUCUUUUCUUUCUUUUCUCUGUGUGUGUCUCUCUCUCUCUCUCUCUGUGUGUCUCUCUCUCUCUCUCUGUGUGUCUCUCUGUGUGUGUGUCUCUCUGUCUCUGUCUCUCUGUCUCUCUCUGUCUCUCUGUCUCUGUCUCUCUGUCUGUCUCUGUCUCUCUCUCUGA